AUGAUGCUCAUCUUAGCUCUCCUCAUCUUCUGCAUCGCCCUCUGCGUUCUCCUCGCCACACAACCUCUCCCAUUCCUCCCACGGACCAGAUGCAGGCUCCAAACCAUCAAACAGCAACCCACCCACACAGAGACCAAGCUCCGUCAAGAUGUCAAACCGUACCAAUUCCCACCUCUCAAAGAGAAGACAUCCACCAAGAUGGCAAUGGGUCUCAAACGUCUCGACGACUCCAACUGGCUGACUCUCGACUCGGCCUACCUCCCCGAACACACCCUCCGCCUGCAACUUCUCUCCUCCUGCCAGCCAGACGUCGUCCAAAUGCUUCCAGGCUCGGAACCAGCAUGUCACGAACUCCUCAAAACCGUGACCUCCUUCCUCUCAUCACGAUUCCCACAACACUUCACCAUCGCCUCGUCGCCGUCAGGCCCGGAAAUCGUAAACCGCCUGACGAAUGAGGUGUACCCCAUCGGCCCUUCAUGUGCGAACCCACUCGAGGUAGCGGCCAAGUUAAGCAUGGAAGACUUCAACAUCCUGGUCCGAAGUCCCGAGACGGGCGAGUACCACCUUCAAGCCUCAGCCACGCUGUUUCCCGCCGGGUGGAAACUGCAGGAACGGAUCGGGACCAGCAUGGCGAAUCUGCACCGGCCGGUGCCGGGAUGGAACCAGAAGCUAGGACCUUGUGUCAACAGGUAUUUUGACCACCUCUCUCACAAGACCGCUAUGGAACGCACAAACGUCUUCAUCCAGACCACGCCUCACCUGUUCCAAGACGCGCCCGAGCCCACUCCAUCUAGUCCGGCGACAGUGAGCCAGCUCAUGGUCCGCCGCGAACGCCAGACUUUCACUCGCCUGCAGCAGACGGGCGCAGUGCUCUUCACCGUGAGGACGUACAUGGAGCCGCUUACCCAGCUGGGAGAUGCAGAGCUGAAGGCGCUGAGGAGUCAAGUGCUCGGGUGGGAGGCGGAAGUUAGGGCCUACAAGGGAGGCGACAUCUGGGGCCCGCCGCUGCUGCGUCUUUGCGAGGAGAGGUGCGGUGCUGUUGUUGUUGAGGUGGCGAAGGCUGACGAGAAGAUCAUGAGGGCGACGGUACGCGGAGGUGGAGCUUAA